AUGAUGAAAACUGCAAUUUGGUUGCAGACUAGUGGUAUCCCAGUUUCAGAGAUUUGUGAACACCAAUUUUUGUUGUACAACAAGGAUGCUACAAAACACAUCUUUGAAGUAUCUGCUGGUCUUGAUUAUCUUGUCCUUGGAGAAGGUCAAAUUCUUGCACAAGUUAAACAAGUUGUCAAAGUUGGGCAAGGUGUUGUUGGCUUCGAAAGGAAUGUUAGUGGGCUGUUCAAACAUGCAAUUACUGUUGGGAAAAGGGUUAGAACAGAGACUAACAUUGUUGUUGGGUCUGUUUCUGUUAGCUCUGCUGCUGUUGAAUUGGCUUUGAUGAAGCUGCCUGAGUCUUCACAUGCUGCUGCUCGAAUGUUAGUUAUUGGAGCAGGAAAGAUGGGAAAGCUUAUGAUCAAGCACUUGGUGGCAAAAGGUUGCACCAAGAUGGUUGUUAAUAGAAGUGAGGAGAAAGUCGCAACAAUCCGUGAGGAGAUGAAAGGUGUUGAGAUUAUUUACAGACCCCUUACAGACAUGCUCGCUUAUUCAGCUGAAGUUGAUGUGAUCUUUACUAGUACUGCAUCAGAAACUCCAUUGUUUUUGAAAGAAAAUGUCAAGGACUUCCCCCCUGUCAGCUCUAAAGUUGGUGGUUCAAGGCUCUUCGAUGACAUCUCCGUUCCACAAAAUGUGGGAUCAUGUGUCUCAGAUGUUAAAAGCACACGACUGUACAAUGUCGAUGACCUGAAGGAGGUUGUAACUGUUAAUAAAGAGGACCGACUACGAAAAGCAAUGAAAGCUCAGACUAUUAUUGCUGAGGAAUCAAAACAGUUUGAUGCGUGGAGGGAUUCACUUGAAACCGUUCCGACCAUCAAGAAGUUGAGAGCCUAUGCAGAGAGAAUUCGAGCUGCAGAGUUAGAGAAAUGCUUAUCAAAGAUGGGGGAAAAUAUCCCAAAGAAGUCAAUGAAGGUAGUGGAUGAUCUCAGCCGUGGAAUUGUGAACAAACUUCUCCAUGGUCCAUUGCAGCACCUGAGAUGUGAUGGCAGUGACAGUCGAACUCUAAGUGAGACCCUUGAGAACAUGCAUGCACUUAACAGAAUGUUCGGCCUCGAGACAGAUAUAUCUCUUCUAGAACAUAAAAUUCAAGCCAAGGUGGAACAAAACCAAAAGUAAGUGUCGAUGUAGAAUAUCCAACUUCCUAAUGGUCAAAUAAGAGGGUUACUUCCACAGGGUGUUAUGAGUUUUCAUCUGUUGUAGUUGUCGAUUCGAAGUUCUUAUGGGGUAUAUUUCAAUUCGUUAAUUUGUAUAAUUUAGACUCUUUUGUGUUUGAAUCUCAUUUGAUCUUCACACUCAGACAACGUGCUUGUUGGUGGUCUUUUGGCUUUGUGGUGUGCACCGUGUGAAAUGAGCUUGAUCCGUCACAUUCAUCUUUAGAAUGUAUGAUAUCUAUUUGAACAAUAUCAAGCAUUGUAACUAAUCACUACUUAUUUUAAUAUAGAGCUGGAAUUUUCU